AUGAUUACGUUCGGGCUGACUUCGCUCCGUCUCUGCGCGGAACAGUCUCUUCUAAUUCGAAAUGAAGCACAAGGAGAAGAUGGUGGAAGUGAAGGGAACAGGGGUUUGGUGGUGAGCGAUGGUUUACAGGUAGUCUUUGUUAUAGAAAGAGCUCACUGAAGAGGGUUUCUGUUGUUACUGUCAUUUCAUAAUAUUAUUCGUCUAGUCUAAUGUCAUCCUAUUCUCAUCCGAAGGAUCUCCAAUUUCUUGAUGAGAACCAGUUAAUUUGUCAUUAAGCAGCGUCUCUUCCUUGCCUGUGUGCCGGGAAACAAGUCAUUUAAAGCCAUGUCUCCAGCCAAGCUAUUCAAUAGCAUGGCGAUUAGAUGCCGUUUAAACCCCAAAAACAAAAAAGUUCAGCCCCGGUCGAGGUGCAAUUAUCGGUCGCAGCUUGAGCCCGCUUGUCGAUAUAUUGUUGUACAUGUACAUGUGAAUGAAAUGAAUUGGAUCUGGGUAUUUUCCCCCCGAAAGCAGCGUGAGAUCUGCGAUUUGCGGUGGGUCGCGGGGGCUAAAAGGCUCAAUGGGAGAUUGUCGGCCUAGCCUCGGGGUCCAAUUGCACUUGUUAAGUCAAUUAUGGCGUCGGCUUUUGAGAUCCUUCCUUUUUCUAAUUGUUGUACCAACUGUUUAUCCAUUUAUAGCGCCAUACAUAUAGUUAGUUUAUUACAAGGAUGUGUCCCCAUUCUCUAAACUACGGUACUGCGGAGCCAAUCCUUGCCGGGCAUCGUUCCCAGCGUGUUGUUCUCCCUUUCUUGACGCCUCUCCGCUUUCUCUUUCAGUCGAACCAUCUCCAUCUCUCGUUCCCCUUACGGCCGCCCUUUUUUGGUAUAAGUUUUCCUCGCGGAAUCAGGCAAAGAAAAAGAGGGGGGACAUUCUUCGAGAGUGGUUAAAAUUUAUACAAACUGGCCCCGCCCCGAACCCCGCAAAGAUUUCUUGCACAGCAUGAUCGCGGAAACCGAGAAAAGAGCCGAGGGACCAUCUCUCGAGAAUCGCAGCUCCCGAUCUCGCGCCAAUAAGCGCUUUAAACGUUUUAAGGGCGGUCAUGCUGGGCGAGGCGCAGGGAGGGGGCGAAGGAAGGUCGGAGAAUAGGUGGGGUCAGUUACUCGAACCAAUGAGAGCGACGGAUGGGUGACACUGUAAAUGAUCUCAAUUUAUUUCAUUUAUUCCUUAGAAUUCUGUUUCUUAAAAAGGUUUGAUGGCUACCUGUCAUUGACUUUCUCAAACCUCGUAUCAUUCUGUAUACCUUUUCAUUACCUGCAUUUCCCACGACUCUCACACACAACUCACCUUGACAUGUCUCAUUUUCAGUGGUUACAAAUAUUCGGAUCAUCCGAAUCGACUUGCUUUCCUUGUCGUUAACUGAAGCGUAAGGAUCUUCUUCCUCAAGUCACUCUCUUUUACAGCGCGGGUUAUAUGAAUGACCAUGGAAUUGUCUGCCCACCUGUUUAUCCCUUGAUUAUUCUGCCUUUUCCGUGGAUUAUAUAUGUUGAUAUCUUAUCAAUUACUCGAGGGUUUUAUUCGGAAAGUCCGUGAAAAAAGCAAUGUCCUGAGGUUUUUUUUGAAAGUGUUGGGAGUUUUGACUUUUGAGAGUGUUGGGAAACCUGACAACAGCCCUACUCCAAUAUUAUUACAGUACUCCUCAGCCGAUCCUUUCUGGCAUUUAUUCGAAUCUGUGGCGCCGGAAUCGUUUCCGGCUUCUCUUUAUCUAUUGUCCAUUGGCUGAGGCCCUGGGGAAAUCUGGGAACAAGGGCUUUUGUUCAUGUAAUUCUUGUUCCGGCACCGAUUGCGACGACUAAUAUGCCGUUGUUGUGUCAAUUAACCGACCGCGUUAUCCUCGCGGGCAUUUCGUUGCAAGAGAGUGGGCGGGGCCAAGAGAGGAAGCGGUUUUGGACUCCCAAUAACCGACACUCCCAACAAGCGUAUCAUUCCCAACACUUUUACUGCCACGGAUCCUAGUGUAACAUUAUUGUAACUGAUACUUAAUAUUUCGAGUGAUUCGUGUACUUAUAUUAUUUUAUUCAUGAAACACAACUCUGUUUUUAUACGAUUUCAGACCAUGGAAGACUUUCAGAAGGCCAUGAUGAUGUACCAGCAGAUGAUGGCCAUGGCUGCGGUCCAACAAAAUGCAGCUUCAACGGGCACACGUUCCAAUGGCUCAAACUCCGGGGCAGCUUCUCCUCCAGGAUCAGUUCACUCGGAUAACGGAUCUCCAGAAUCCACUGAAAAUUGUUCGAAUAAUAAUCAGAAUCCCUUGAUGAAGUCGUAUCAAGAUCUCCUGAAGUCGAUGCAACAGCCAGGACAGAUGUUUCCCUUCCAAUUCGGUCUCAGCAACUCCGCAACCGAGCCCAAUCCCGGACUCUCCAUGAUUUUUAACCAGAAUAAUAUGCUGAAUUCGGAGCAAGUAAGUGGUCUUGAUCUUUGAAUCCGUCUUUUCCCGCUUUCUUAAUCUGAUAUUUAAAUGUACACAGUUUAUCUACUCGUAUGAUGCCUUAUUUUAAAUCUUAAGUUCUCACAUUUCACCAGAUAACGUGCAGAAAUGACAGUCCCGAAAAUACCACGGUAUCCGGUGUAUUGUUGAUCCGAAGUGGGAUGUUCCUGAAACGUGCGGACCUUCACCAAGUUUCGUUUCCCUAAUCCGGUAUAAUAAUUUCCUAAUGUAAGGUGCAACGUAUCAUCGUGGGAACGUCAUCUUGGUCCUUUUUAUUGGGCAGAUUAGGCCGGGGACUUCCGCGUUUUGGGUGUUUUGUAAAGUUUCUGAAGGGAGGGGGCUUUCUGGACUUUAUUCAAAUUGAUGAUGAGGAAUCCCUCAAAUAGGGGCAUAAAAGAGGACGAUAGGGAUAUUCGUUGUCAUUCCGCGGGCCCCAAACCUGGUUAGCGGUCCUCAAUGGCAUUUAAAGAGCUGGCACAAAUCCCGGGCAUAUCAUCUAAUAAAGAGCGCGAGAGUGCAGCCAUGACACCGCCGGGGACACGCCCUUGUCCUCGACUACUCACUUCCCAUCAAUUAGGUUUGUUAUCUCAGCUCGCUUUCGGCCCGUCUCAGUCAACUCACUCGACUUUCCGCCCUCCGGGCAUAUCCCUCCACAUGGCCGCUUCAAUCCCGUCUCAGUUGCAGGUGAUCAAGACGAUAGAAAAGAUGGACGACGACGGCGAUUACAACAAUCUGAUGUUGUUUAUACAACAGCUGAGUCCCGAUAUGAUCCUGGCCAUUUGUCGACAUGAGAGCUUCCUCAGGGCCCGAGCUUCUGUCCUCUUUCAUCGUCGUGAAUACCAAGAAAUGUACAACCUUCUGGAAAGUCAUCAGUUCAGUCCCGCUCAUCAUCAGAAGCUUCAGCAUCUCUGGCAAGAAGCCAGAUACUUCGAGGCCGAACGGAUCAGGCAAAGGUCAGUUUGUUUCCAUUAUUGAAAUAACUAUUUAUGUUUGGAAACUACUAUUACAAUAUUUCGUUUACAAAUAUAAAAUAAUUGUGUUUAGACCGCUGGGCCCAGUCGACAAAUACCGUGUUCGCAAGAAGUUCCCCUUGCCAAAAACGAUCUGGGAUGGAGAACAAAAGACUCACUGCUUCAAGGAGAGGACCCGCAGCACGUUGAGAGAGCACUACCUUAAGGAUCCUUAUCCAAAUCCUCAAAUGAAGAAGGAAUUGGCCCACAAGACCGGCCUUUCCCCCAUGCAGGUCGGGAAUUGGUUCAAGAAUCGAAGACAGCGAGAUCGGGCGGCUCACAUGAAGAACCAGUAAGUUCUGUUAAGAUUAUCUACAUCUGAUACAAAUGCGAUUCUUCCUUCUUCUUUGGAGGAUUACUGUAAUCCGUUUUCGGUUCCGUUGGUUCUGAGACAAGAAAGAAAUCAUAAUAUAUAUCAUGCACUGUAGCGUGUAAUAGGUUUGACCGGAUUACCUUUUUGCGACCGGAUGCACCGCCAGCGAGUCUAAUGAAAGGCCGGCCAAUAUGUUCCCUUAUAACGCUACAUUUGACUCCUAAAGGAUUAUGGCCAUGCGCACUCCGAGUUGGGCCAAUUCGGCCGCCAGAUUUGCAUAAACUGUUAUUAGGGCCGCGAGCGGUAAUUGGCCGUCAAAUGGGCUGAUUAAGCGGGCCGAUGAUGUGAUGUGCAGGCUUAUGUUAUAUUAGCGCCGACCCUUUCGCCCAUCUCUUCGCGGGACUAAUUACAAACAUUAGGUAUGAAGAAUUAUAAAAAUAAUCGCAAAUAGAGUUGUUCAAGUAUUAUGUUGGCGGGGCUUAAUCGAGAGGGUUUGAGUGCGCGAGAACAAUUAAUUUGUUUGUGUAAAGGGCUACCGAUCAAUUUUGUACCGUAGGACAUGCGAGACAGUCGAGGCCGCUGAUUUCGAAGUGCAAACAAAGCGGAGGAUCCGGCCCAAGAGCCUAAGAGACUGAUCCCGAUGGCCAUCAAUACACAUAAGUAUGAAAUCGAUGUGCUUUACGCAAGCUGUCAUCCUUGGCCAUGCCCAAAACAGCUCAUCUUUCGCUUGGCCAAUACCGUAAUCUGACCCCCAACUGGCAUUUGUAUUAAAAGCCGACUCUUUAUGCAAUUUAUAUUUGCCAAUGCUUGUGUUUGCACAGGUCGAUUAAAUUGAGACCUCACCUCAUCCCCCAAUUGGUGUGAAAUGGCGCGCCUUUCCUCCAAAGGUGCCGCUUUCAAGUGGCCCAAGGAAGGCGAGGCGACCUUGACGCCGCUACCGUAUUUUAGGAACAAGAUUAUGUAAGCGAAAGGGAAUACGCAACAGGCUAGAUUUUCUCCGAAUAAGGCAUCUGGAGUGCGCGGUGGGAAACCAAUUAGAGCAAGUGCCAAUUCGAUUACUCCACAAUACAAACAUUUGCAUACAAAAUCUGAUUUACAGUAGAUUAAAGGCCGAUUUUGAGUGGUAUGAGUAAUUAAUCCGUUUUCAGACAAAACGGACUUCUCCUGGAUCCGAACAGCGGCCUCAGAAGUCCCGAUUCUCCUCAUUCGGAAGACCUGAAUCAUGAAGAAGGUCAGUCUACAUCCACUUUGAGGGGAUCACCCAGCACGGACUCUGACGACAACAAUAUUUCCUCCGGCUCUUUGAAGUCACCGAAUCUGAUGUUCCCGAACUUUAUAAACCCUCUUCUUCCUCCUCUUCCCCCUCAAUUCCAAUUGAGUCCUAAUAAUAAUUCGAAUAUGAACCCGAUGGAGAUGAUGAUGUCCAAUUUCCUCCAAAAUCCCUUCUUCAAACAACUUCAAAUGAAUAUUCUGGCCAAACAACAGCAAUUUAUUCAACAACAAAAAGACAGCGAGUUGAUGAAUUCAUCGACAAAAGAGGGAAAAGAGAAAAGAGAAAUCAAAUCUGAGACCCAGGUGACUCCGAAGAGGUCAAAGUUAUGCAUCGACGAGUUGCUGAAGCAGAAAGAAUUGUCGGUGGAAAAUCUGGAGACCGAAGAACCCACUACCGAUACCUCAGGAUCCGGCGCCUCAGGGCACGAAGAGGAUGAUUGGGUCAAGGUCUGA